GCGCAAGUUCUCAUGUCGUACCUAUCUUUAUCUCUAUCACCUUCAGUCAAUAAGACUGCAUUAAGCUCUGUUUUGUUGGUUAGCUCUUGUCGGGGAACCUUCCUCUCAAGUCUAUCAUUCGGCAGCUCUGGUCCAUUCCUCUCAUAUCUCAACCAUUUCUUGUUCGCUCCAUCUCUUUCUUGCAGAGGAUGAGAGAUAGGUUCCUUAUUUCUGGACACAGUAGCACCAGGGCUACCCGCCGCAUCAACUACAGAAAGUACGGCAUUACCGCUGAUCGUAUAGACUCCGGCAGAAGCAACAUGACCAGCACAACCACUGCCCUCGCUGCUGCUCGGAUCGCGGACCGACCAUCUUCACAAGAACAUCAAGCGGCCCUCCAGUGCCCGCGUUGUGAUUCCACCAACACCAAGUUCUGCUACUUCAACAACUACAGUAUGUCGCAGCCUCGGCAUUUCUGCAGGGCCUGCAAGCGCUACUGGACGCGAGGCGGCACCCUCAGGAACGUGCCCGUAGGUGGUGGAUGCCGGAAGAACAAGCGCGUCAAGAAGCCGACGACGAUGACCGCCAAAGUAUCGCCUCACUGUCCGCCUCUGCCUCGCCCGAUUGUGCUGCCUAACACUCUCGAGUCGCUGUCGCCGCCCCGUUGUACUUCCAAACACAUCGAUACAUCCAUAUUCCGUUCAUCGCCAACUUUACCAAACACCAUCCAUAUCCCUGCUUGCACCGCUGCCUUCGAUCCCCAGCCCCAGGUCAGUGCACUUGGAGCCGGAUUUCCCCCUAACCGAGGCGACGACGACGAGUACCAUCUCCGCCAAUUGUUUGAGCAACUGCCGCUUACGAAUGAGUACCCACUGUUUGGAUCGUCGUUGUCGUCGGCCUCCGCGGCAUCGCUUCUGGUUUCCAGCCUUCAGCAGCCGGGGAGAAAUGAAGGCAGUCAAGCCUUGUUGGCCCAGGAGGACCUGCGAGAAUUCGGCAACUUUGGAACGAUCAAGGAAGCGAACAACCAACAAGGUGAGACGAAUGGUAGGAUCAACAACAGCCACAUAGGUUGGCAAUUCUCCACAGGGAAUUCUUUGGGAGCUUUUGGCUCGGCUGCCACCAAGGUCUCACCAACCGAUACCUCGUUUCUGUACUCGAGAGAAGCCACUGGUUGGGCGGACGCCGUCAGCGGCUGGUCGUCAGCUGCACAUCUGAUUUAGCCCGAAAUCCAGUACCAUUCCUUUCUUCGCUUUCGUCUUGCUAGCUAGCUAGGUAUCUUAAAUCUAUUGGAGCAUAUAUCUUACUGAUGUGCACUAGUGGUAGUGGUAGUGAUGGUGAGGAUAUAUAUAGUGAACUAGACGUAUUCAUCUCAUCGAGGUGGCGUCGCUGUUGCCGGAGGAGUGGAUCGGAGUGAUCAUGUCGGUUUGCAUUAAGCUUCUGAAGCGGUUCGGUUUCUCACUGAAUAUGGCAUCACGAAGAGCAUUUGCUCCGAGAGGAACCUCGGAUCCAUUCGGCUAGCUCCGGCUCCCGGAACACUUAGAACAACAUGUCUGGUCUGGUCUGAUCUGAACUGAGAAGAGAAAGGGAAGAACAGCGGAGUUGGAGGAGUAAUUAAGUUGGAUUUUGAUGCGUGUAUGCAUGUAUAGGGUUUCUAGUAAGUGGUGAUAGGCACAGAGGGAUUUGUUCUUGAUAUGUUGUUCUGAGCUUAAUUAAUAGUGCACAAGCCUGCAUUUGAUUUC